GAUGUAUAAAGCAUCCUUUGCAUCCUUUUGUCCAUCACUGCAGCUCCUCUAAGACGCACAUUCAUUCUCCAGUCUCCCUGAAUCUCUGCAAAUCAGCUUUGUUUCCUCCGUUUACCACACCCCAGAGAGGCAGCGGCACCACCUUUCAUCAUGUCUAAUAUCCAGACAUCUAUCGGCCUCAUACUUGACACCUUCAGUAAAUAUGCAGGCAAGGAGGGGGACAAAACCACCCUGACUAAGGGAGAGCUGAAAGAGCUGCUUCAGAGUGAGCUUGGAGAGCUUCUGGGGAAAGCAAAUGACAAGGAAGCAGUGGACCGUAUUUUCCAGGGUCUGGAUUCAAACAAGGACAACAGUGUGGACUUCAGCGAGUUUAUGCAGAUGAUUGGCUGCCUCUCUGUGAUGUGCCACGAGUACUUCACCAAAAAACAAUAGGGAUCCAAGCGCCACCUUGGGGCCAGCUUAGAGAGGCACCAGAGAGAUCCCAUGACAGCUGUUCUGAAGAAGGAAUCCAUAUUUACCACUAUUUACUAAAUUACCAUGUAGUCACAAAAUAUUGUAUUGUAUCGAACAAUUAAAUAAACUUCUUUCUAAGACAAAAA